UUGAGUGCUUAUUCUGAGGGUGGCAGACUUUAGAUCCGUUUAGUUCAGCCCUAUAAAAAGGUCCGUCAUUAAGAAAGUAACAGAGACAACUUUGGACAGAAUACAGAAGAUGAGAUUACUUCUUUCUUGCCUCUUUUGCUUCCUUGUACUUACAGAGGAAUGUAUUGGACUGUCAGUUCAGUCCUCUCUGACCUGUAACCAGAUAGAUUUUUUAGUUCUGGUGGAUACAACAACCUACACUGGAAAAGUGAACUCUGACAUGUACAUCAAAAGUUUUCUGAAACAGGUCAUCGUUACCCAUGGCAGUAGCCCUGUACCACUAGACACCCGAGUUGGGGUUAUCUUAACUAGAAAUUGUUUAUAUUUUGAGUUCAACCUUCGCAGUUACAAGUCAGUGAAUGACGCACUGAAAGCGGUAGAACAGAUCAAGUACGAGAGCUGGGACGGAGCGACAGUUAGAUACAAAACUUUAUCAACCUACGGAUUCAGGGCACAAUCAUCCAAAAAUGUCAUUGUUGUUACUGACGGAGUGUCUGGGUAUAGCUUGAGAACCACUGAAAUUGCUGAGUUUCUUAAAGGGCAAGGUUUGAACAUAUUCGCUAUUGGACUUGGUCAUAACGCUAACUACAACAUGCUUCAAGCCAUGGCCUCUUCAUCAAGCCAACAAUUUAAAGUCAGAAAUUUUAAUUCGCCAAGGUGCAUUAAGAUAAUAUUAACUAGGACUACAUGCAGAGGUUCAACAGUCAACAAAACUACAAGUUUGACCAAAGUGACCCCGAAAUAUACACGUACACCCAAGAUUAUUAAAAUGAAAGAAACCACAACGGAGGACUACUACGUUGAACCAAACUAAUGCUUGACUACAUAUAUACCCAAAUACAAGCUACUGCUUUAGUUUACAUUAAUUGUUUUAGAUCUCUUAUAAAUUGACUAGCAAAAUAACUGCAAUGCAAAGCUUAUAUCAAUUCACUCUGUUUGGCUGUCUGUCUGGUAAAAUGUUUGUACACGUUAUUCAUGCUCAUAGGCUGUCCACUGCUAGAGUGGUUAGCAUGUUGGCUUGAGAAGCCUGAGAAGGCCUGAACCAUGAGUUCGAAUACAGGUCAUUUCCCUUUUUUUAUUUUUAGAAAUUCUUUUUUUUUUGUUAGUCUAGAUCUAUAACAAGUUUAAUUACAUGACUGAUCCAAACUAAUAGAUAAAACUAUACUCAAUAAAAGCUUGUUGUUGUAAAAUAGUA